AUGGCAUUGAAGGUUAAUAGAUCCUCAUAUACUAGUCGGGUUCACCAAGUAUGUUUAUUUAAUAGUUCAUGUAAUCGAUCAUUUAUCAAAGAUUGGAUUGAAUGGCAAGAAAUUGCUAUUAAUAAAACUAUACAAGCCGCAGCUGUAUUCAACACAGAAAACAUUCUUACUUAUAGCGAAUUUAAAAUAUGGAGUUCAUCGUACCAAAAUAUAACUGAUUUAUGCUUUAAUAGCACUACCGAUCAAAAUGAAACUCGUAAUACCUAUCCUAACAGCACUGUAUUCAGUGUAACAACGACUCCUGAGAACAUUACACCAAAUAUAAAAGUUGAUGAUACCAAUAAUUGUUUACGAUAUGGAGACACUUAUGAAAAUGUUCGACGCAAUAUUUCGUCUCGUGUAAUUGAACUCAUCAAUUUUGUUAAACAGUAUAACUCUUUAAACAGUAAAAAGAAUAUCAUUGGACAAACAUUCACAACAAUCGUUAAUAUUCCUCUGACAGAUGGAUUAACAUCAUCGUUGAUCAACAUAAAUCAACCAAUUAUUAAAGAGUUGACAACAAUGAUAAAUCAGGAUAAAUCAAGCGUUAUUUUUAUUGUUUGCUUUAUUUCUUGGAAUAAUUAUAGACAUGGAUAUCGUCCAACUGCAACAUCAUAA